AUAUACUAAAUGGUCGUCAUAAAUUCAAAGGAUAUAAAAGGACACAACCGGAGGGUGGCUUCACCGGAUGGGAGCAAAAAGAGAAGCAGAACGACGAUGGGAGAGAGCGGAAGAGUUUUAACGGAGCCGCCGGCGGAUCACCGCCACAACCUCACCGCCAAUUCUACCGCCGAUAACAAUAAUAUUAAUAUUAAUAACAAUAAUCAUAACUCAAUUCCCCAUGCUCCGCCACCGACCGAUCGCCCCGUACGCGUCUACGCCGACGGGAUCUAUGAUCUAUUCCAUUUCGGCCAUGCUCGCUCUCUCGAACAAGCCAAGAAAUCGUUCCCUAACACGUACUUGCUGGUGGGAUGUUGCAACGAUGAAACCACGCACAGGUUUAAGGGUAAAACUGUCAUGACCGCGGAGGAGCGUUAUGAGUCCCUCCGCCAUUGCAAGUGGGUUGAUGAAGUUAUUCCGGGUGCCCCUUGGGUGAUAAAUCAGGAAUUCCUUGACAAGCACCGGAUUGAUUUUGUUGCCCAUGAUGCUCUUCCUUAUGCUGAUGCUAGUGGAGCUUCAAACGAUGUAUAUGAAUUUGUGAAAGCUGUUGGGAGAUUCAAAGAGACAAUGCGUACUGAAGGAAUUUCAACUUCAGACAUUAUAAUGAGGAUAGUUAAAGAUUAUAACCAAUAUGUCUUGCGCAAUUUGGAUCGUGGAUAUUCGAGGAAGGAACUUGGAGUCAGCUUCGUAAAGGAAAAGCGCCUGAGAGUGAAUAUGAGAUUGAAGAAGUUACAGGAGAAAGUUAAGGAACAUCAAGAGAGAGUGGGAGAAAAGAUUCAAACUGUUGCAAAAUCGGCCGGUAUGCAUCGCAACGAGUGGAUUGAGAAUGCUGAUCGGUGGGUUGCUGGGUUUCUUGAGAUGUUUGAGGAGGGUUGCCAUAAAAUGGGAACUGCCAUAAGAGAUCACAUUCAAGAAAGGUUAAUAGGGCAGCAGCAAAGAGCCCUGCUGCGAAAUGGUAGUAAAGAUUACGAUGGUGAUGAUGAAGAUGAUGAAUACUAUUAUGAUGAAGAGGACGAGGAUGAUGAUGAUGAUGAUGAGGAAGAUGAAUCUGAAGAAGAUGAUGAGUAUUAUGACGAUGUGGAGUGCCAUUAAGUUACAGACCUAAAGAAAUGACAUGACUUUAGGACGUAAAUAUAGCAAUACUCUUUUCAUAACCGUUUUAAGUAAACUACUAUAUCUUGUGGUAUUAAGAAUUGUAAUUAAUAUACAGCUUUUUAAAUAAAUACUAUUAACUGGAAAAA